AUCGACUCGGGGUUCCGCUCCGCCAUGAGUGUCCAGUCAUCUCUGGUCAUGACCGCCAUCAACCAGUUUGGCAGCGACGCCCAAAAGGAAAAGUACCUUCCUGGCCUCGCGACGGCCGAGAUCCUCGGCUGCUUCGGCCUGACAGAGCCCAACCACGGCUCGGAUCCGUCGUCGAUGGAGACGACAGCGACCAAGACCAAGGACGGGUGGAUCAUCAACGGCGCCAAGACGUGGAUCACAAAUGCGCCCUUUGGCGACUUCUUCGUCAUCUGGGCGACGACGGUGGAGAACGGCGUGCGGGGCAAGAACCGCGGCUUCAUCGUGCCGCGUGACGCCGGCCACAUCGAGACGCCGCAGAUCACAAACAAGCUCGCGCUGCGCGGAUCCGUCACGGGCUCCGUCUUCCUUGACAACGUGCACAUCCCCGCCGAGAACGUGCUCGAAAAGUCGAACGGCCUCGGCGCACCCUUCUCGUGCCUCAACCACGCCCGAUUCGGCAUCUCCUGGGGUGUCAUGGGCGCCCUCGAGGACUGCAUUGAGCGCGCGCGCGCAUACGCCCUGGAGCGGCACCAGUUCAAUCGCCCCCUCGCAUCGUUCCAGUUCGUGCAGCGCAAGCUCGUGGACGCGAGCACACAGGCGACGUUUGGCCUCCUCGCCGCCCUGCAGCUCGGCCGCCAGAUCGACCAGGGCGAGUACAACCCCGAGAUGAUCUCGAUGCUCAAACGCAACAACUGCGGACAGGCGCUGCAGCAGGCGCGCGUGCUUCUCGACAUCUUUGGCGGAAACGCUUGCUCGGACGAGUACGGCGUCGGCCGCCACGAAGCCAACCUCCAAGUGUGCAACACGUACGAGGGCACGUAUGACGUCCACACCCUCAUCCUCGGCAAGGCCAUGACCGGCAUCAGCGCCUUUGCCAACUGAAGAUAGACAUGGUUGUAUUUCAGGCCACGUAGAGUGACACGGGUGUGCAGAAUGAAAGGCUGGUUAGCUGCCAUGACAGUCAUGACGUAUCGAUGCUUCGUCUACUGCGCUGCUCCCAUGCUCCUGUACGCUGGCAUGCUUUUGCCUAUCUGGCGUGUUUGUUUGACUCGCAUGUUUGCCGGCCGCCGGGCAUGCCUGGGCAUACUGCCCCUGGCGGUGACGACCAGCCCGCUUGAUUGAGAGCAGACAUGUGGUGUAAUUCUGUAGCUAGAAGGCGACAUGUGGGUGGCAGGCCCACAGCGCCACACUCAAUGCGAGCCACUGAGCAAAGU